AUGAGAGAAAUAUCAGAAGAAAGACAACCUACCCCUGAACAUAUUAAAAAAAUAUAUAAAACACCACCUCCUACAGUUAUUGAAACUGAAGAACAAGCUGAAGAACAAGAACCUUCAACUAGAACAAGAUCUAAAAUUUCUCCAAUAUCAUCAAGAACAAGAUCACAAACAACACUUGAGAUUAUAGUUUAG